AUGUCCGGCCGAGGGAAAUCCGGCGGCAAAGCGCGAGCCAAAGCCAAGUCUCGCUCCUCCCGGGCCGGCCUGCAGUUCCCGGUGGGCCGCGUGCACCGGCUCCUGCGGAAGGGCAACUACGCGGAGCGGGUCGGGGCCGGGGCACCCGUCUACCUGGCCGCCGUGCUCGAGUACCUGUCGGCGGAAAUCCUGGAGCUGGCCGGUAACGCCGCUCGGGACAACAAGAAGACGCGGAUCAUCCCCCGGCACCUGCAGCUCGCCAUCCGCAACGACGAGGAGCUCAACAAGCUGCUGGGCGGGGUGACCAUCGCCCAGGGCGGCGUCUUGCCCAACAUCCAGGCCGUGCUGCUGCCCAAGAAAACCCAGAGCUCCAAGAAAUGA